AUGAGCAGAGAAGGAUUUGUAGCUCCAUCAGGCACAGAUCUUGCGGCAGCCGCUUCCGGUGUAGCUCCAAACAAGCACUACGGUGUCAAAUACACUUGUGGAGCCUGUGCUCACAACUUUUCUCUGAACAAGUCUGAUCCAGUUCGUUGUAAGGAAUGCGGGCAUCGUGUGAUUUACAAAGCCAGAACCAAACGAAUGAGUAAGUUUUUGACAACGUACUAG